CGGAGAAGUCCACAUAGCAAAACUUGAUAACUCGAGGGAGUGAAUGGGAAACCAUGUUUAAUUAGUUGAGGUGAUAGAGAGUUUUCGCUUUUCAGGCAUGGCUUCUUCACUAUCCAAGGCACCACCACCGCAUGUUCACCUCUUCAGAAACCCUUCCUCUUUCCACUCUUAUCCUGCUAUUCUAUCUUUUGGUUUCUACUGGAACACAUCUUUGCUUCACCCUCGUCUCUCUGCCCUCAAAGCAACUGUGUCUGACGGUGAUAAUUUGCUCAGGAAGCCCCUCCUUCCUCACAGGAAUGGAAUUUUGGAUGGCUAUGACUAUGAAGAGGAGGAUGAGGACGAGGAGGACAAUACUGAAGAGGAGAGAUGGAUUGAUUGGGAGGAUCAGAUUUUGGAGGACACCGUUCCUUUGGUUGGCUUUGUUAGAAUGAUUCUUCACUCUGGACAAUAUGAAAGUGGAGAUAGACUAAGCCCAGAGCAUGAGAAAGCCAUUCUUGAGAAGCUGCUUCCCUUUCAUCCAGAAUAUGAGAACAAGAUCGGAUGUGGAAUUGAUUAUAUAACGAUUGGAUAUCAUCCUAAUUUUGAACGCUCUAGGUGUUUGUUCAUAGUACGAAAAGAUGGAGAGAUGGUUGACUUUUCAUUUUGGAAAUGCAUAAAGGGUUUGAUCAGAAAGAAUUAUCCAUUAUAUGCAGACAGUUUCAUUCUCAGACAUUUCAGAAAGCGGAGUCGUGAUUUGUGAAGUUAGCCCUAUCUUAUUGCUGGUUGUACCAUUUUAUAUUAGAAUUCUCUUUUCUUUUUUUUAUUAAGAAAAAAAUAUUCUCCCUUUUGAUUUUUCGUGUUCUCUUAUUGCUGGUAGCAUGCUAUUUUAAUGGUCUGCAAAGAACGAAUAUAGAAAUUCCUGGAGUUUAGAAGAGUGGAUAGCAUUUAACGACUCGCUGCAAAAGAUUGCCAUCAAUGCUGGAAAUGACUCCAAUUUAUUAUUAAGUGAUUUUAAAAUAUGGUAAUGUAGAUUAUGUACAUAGAUAGAGCUUGAUGAUAAUGUUACUUUCAGUUCGAUUAAUUUUCAAUUU